UGAUACAGUAUCAGAAAAAUCAGGCAUGGGAUCAUCAUCUGAAACAAAGUUACCAACUAUAAAAACUGAGAUAUCAUCAGGAGGAGCUCAGUAUGUGAUUGAUAACCUGGAUGGGGUCGAUACAUUCACUAUAGAAGGUAAAACCUUCCAUGAGGGAUUAGGUAAUAAUUGGCAUUGCACGGAACUAGGUCUUAAAAUUGAAGAAAAAAAUGAUAAACUGUAUAUACCGGUGAAAGCAUUAUUUAAAAAAGGAAAAGAAAAGGAAGACAUUGGUGAUGGCAAAGAAGAAUUUGAUGAAGAAGAAAUGAAGGUGCUCCUGGCCAAGAAAACAAGUGAAUUGGAAGAGGCUGAACAAAGGAAAGUAGCAGACUAUCAGAAGUACCAAAUGUUGGAAACUCAGAAGAAACUGGUAGAACUAACCCAAGCCCAUGAUAAAAGAGAAAGGGAGUUAGCUAAACAGAAAAACAAAACGGUUUUUGAUGUGGUAGCAGAAUAUCUAGAGAAAAACCAAAGAGAUGUGCCGGAUGAGUACACCCUUGAAAUCAACCUGGAUGAUAGUGAUGAAGAAGAAGAGCCACAGCCUGAUGAAGAAGACGAAGUUAAUCCAGAUGAUGAAGAAGAAAAAGACCUGCGAAAGCUGGUAAAAGCAUUCAAGGCAGCUGGACUGGGUGGAAAAGAAACUAAGUGGUCAGAAUUUCCAAA